AUGCGUCAAAUUGACAUCCUUGUGCUUCUGUUCUGUUGGACCGUUGACCAGGUGAUAUUCUCUGGUGGUCACGGGUCGCACUGUGAAUGUCCAGUCGACUGGACGUACGGGGAUAUCUUUCCAACUGACUCGAUACCGAGUGAGUUUAGGGUGAUGACGGGAACACGUAACCAUUCGACAGCAGCUCUGGCCUGUCGCAGACUAAACGGAACGCUCGCAAGUAUCCAUAGCCAAGAAGAGAAUGAUAACAUCAUUUAUUUGAUGACAUGCUGUAAGUCUUCCGAAGCCUGGAUUGGAAUAUCGGGAGAGGCCACGGGCGUUGUUGCCGACAUGACUUGGGGUGAUAAUUCUCCUUUAGACUAUGUGCCAGCUGCUGGCACCGAAAGUGGCGUAAAGCUUGACGACCCUGAUGAAAGUUGGUGUACAUUGACAGCGGCUGCCGUCCAACCCCGGCCAUUGGUUCCACCUUCGGAUUGGAACUGCAUUAUGACGGGGAAACUAGAGGUCCUCGAUUUCGUUAUUCUAGGAUUGCAUUUCGUUAUCACAGUUGCAGUUGGCCUAUGGGCAUCAUGUCGGAAGGGUCGCGGAUCAGCGAGAGGUUACUUCUUGGCGGGAAGAGAUAUGCCGUGGUGGCUGGUUGGAACCUCGCUGUACAUGAGCAAUAUUGGAACAGGAAGCUUCAUAGGAAUAGCGGGGGCCUCCUCCGCCGUUGGCAUCGCCGUCAUUUGCUAUGAGUUUGCGGGCUUACUCAACAUCAUUCUUCUGGGUUAUCUCUUCAUACCCGUAUACAUAUCCAGCGGGGUUUACACAAUGCCAGAAUAUCUGCAUAAGCGCUUCGGCGGUAAGCGCCUUCAGGUCUAUAUGGGGGUGCUUUCUCUGCUGCUCUUUGUCUUAGCAAAACUCUCGUCCGAAAUCUACUGUGGCGCCAUCAUCAUCCAGGAGACCUUGGGGUGGAAUAUUUACCUCUCUGCCUUGGCCCUGCUUGCUGCCACGGCCUUGUAUACCGUACUUGGCGGACUCGCGGCUGUCAUCUAUACAGACUUCUUACAGUCUGUGGUAGUAAUCGUUGGAGCUACGAUUGUCGCUGUUAUCAGCAUGGUAAAAGUUGGAGGUUACGAAUCUAUGAAAGACCAAUACAUGCGUUCAGUGUCUGCAAACAUGACCGACAACAGCACAUGUGGUCGCCCCGACCCCUAUGCCUUCAACAUACUGAGACCAGCGGACGAUGGUGGCUACCCUUGGCCUGGGGUACUGUUUGGAUGCAAUAUCUUAUCCGCGUGGUAUUUCUGUACAGACCAGGUGCUUGUCCAGAGGAUCUUAGCAGCCAAGGACCUGACGCAUGCCAAGGCAGGAAGUGUCCUGGCGGCCUUGCUGAAGACACUACCAAUGUUCCUUAUGGUCUGGCCGGGUUUGGUCAGCAGGAUCCUGUUCCCAGAGACCCUAGCCUGUGCCUCGCCCGAGGCAUGCAUCGCUGCCUGUGGUAACCCGUCAGGCUGCUCAAACAUCGCCUACCCGAAACUAAUAAUCGAAAUCCUUCCAAUUGGUCUCCGUGGUCUGAUGUUGGCGGCCAUGUUGGCCGCUCUGAUGAGCUCUCUGACCUCGAUCUUCAACAGUAGCAGCACCGUCUUCACCAUCGACUUGUGGAAGAAGAUCAGGAAGAAUGCUUCAGAGACCGAACAGAUUAUAGUAGGAAGGUUAUUCAUCAUUGUCUUCCUGGGAAUUGCCAUUGCCUGGUUGCCUAUGGUUGGUAACGCAGCAGGUGGCCAGCUCUUCAACUAUCUCCAAAGUCUUGGCUCGUACCUAGCCUCGCCCAUUAUUGCUUGCUAUCUGUCGGCUGUAUUAUGGAAACGAACUACAGAACCCUUUCUUUCACAGGGUGCUUUCUGGGGCCUGAUGGUUGGCCUCGCCUUCGGUCUGGCGAGACUGAUCGCGAGUUUCGCACUACCAGAUCCCCCUUGCGGCGAGCCGGACGACCGUCCUGAAAUCAUUUCCAAGUGGCAUUUUCUCCACUACGCCAUUUUUCUGUUCGGGAUCAGCCUGAUAGCAACGAUUGUUGUGAGUCUACUCACUGAACCAAUUCCGGAGGAAAAGCUUGAGGGUAUGACGUGGUUCACGAGAAGGCGAGGGAACAUUAUACAGAAUGUUGACCCUGAAACCGAAGAUGGACCGCCCCAGAAAACGCACGCGGCAGUGCACGAGUUCGUAGAAGAAACUGCGGCGGGGACAUCCUCAGAAGAAUGUCUCACUGUUGAGGCUCGUCCAACAUCUAAACUGAGAAAAGCCUGGAACUUGGUGUGCGGUUUACAGGAAGAAGAGGAUGACAUUUCAGAGGAAGACAAAUCCAAAAUGGAGGAGAAGUUACGGAAUUUAGCCGUGAUGGAGAAUCCAAAAUGGAAGACGUUCGUCGACGUCAGUGCAGUGAUGGCUUUGGUCUUUGGCGUGUUUCUCUGGGGUUUCUUCUCCUAGGAUGAACAUGAAAAUAUGACCAGAGCCAAGAUUUAGGGGCUUUGCGCAUACAGUGAUAAAACAUUGCUUCAUACUCAGAGGGUGCUGUAUCACACAUGAUUUGAUAUCCAGUCAAUACCUGAUAUCAAAUGCUCCA